CGCUUUACGGCGGCGCCCGGCCCGAAGCGCGAGCGGAGAGCGAGUGAGGCGGGCGCGCGUCGGUUUCCCCCGGCGGGAGCGCAGCAUCGGCCGGGCGGGGACCCGGGGCCCUGCCGGGCUCAGCAUGCCCGGGGUGAAGCUGACCACCCAGGCUUACUGCAAGAUGGUGCUGCACGGCGCCAAGUACCCCCACUGCGCCGUCAACGGGCUGCUGGUGGCCGAGAAGCAGAAGCCGCGCAAGGAGCACCUGCCCCUGGGCGGCCCGGGCGCCCACCACACGCUCUUCGUGGACUGCAUCCCGCUCUUCCACGGCACCCUGGCCCUCGCCCCCAUGCUGGAGGUGGCCCUCACGCUGAUUGAUUCAUGGUGCAAAGAUAAUAGCUAUGUGAUUGCUGGUUAUUAUCAAGCUAAUGAACGAGUCAAGGAUGCCAGUCCGAACCAGGUCGCAGAAAAGGUGGCCUCCAGAAUCGCCGAGGGCUUCAGCGAUACUGCUCUCAUCAUGGUAGACAACACUAAGUUUACGAUGGACUGCGUGGUGCCUACAAUCCAUGUGUACGAACACCAUGAAAACAGAUGGCGGUGCAGGGACCCACACUAUGAUUACUGUGAAGACUGGCCAGAGGCCCAGAGGAUCUCAGCGUCACUCCUGGACAGCCGGUCCUACGAAACACUUGUGGAUUUUGACAACCACCUGGAUGACAUUCGGAAUGACUGGACAAACCCAGAGAUCAAUAAAGCCGUUCUACAUCUGUGCUAGGGAGGGGUUUUAGUGACUGGUCUUUGGGCAUUUCCACUACACUGAAGAAGAAAGCUAUUUUUUAAUGUAAAUAAGAUCUCUCCUAGCCUGUGUGGAAAGCCGACAGUUUUUGGAGGUGGCAUAUGCCCUGACAAAGGGCAGAAUGUCCAUCAGCCAUCUUUUAAUGCAGAGUCUCUAGAAGAGGUGCAGACUUUCCCAUCUGACCGGCCCUGUGGAGUCCUGCCCAGUUGUAUGUUGCUCUAAUCCUCCAAAACAAAGCUGUUUCUGCUUGUCCGAGAUCAUUCCUAUUAAAGAGUUUUAACUAACCUUU